AUGAUCAAGAACAUGAGAUCAUCAUCAUCAUCAAAAGUAGUUCUGCUUCUGAUGCUGCAGCUUGUGUUCUUCCUAACUACAUUCGAUAUGGUUGCAGGACGUAACCGAGCGCACGUGAGAAUCUCUAAUGAAUUGGAUGUGGGUCUUGAUCUUAAACUUCAUUGCAAAUCUGAGGAUAACGAUCUUGGCGAACAUCUACUACACUACAACGAUAGCUACUACGAAUUCAGCUUUAGGCCUAACCUGUUUGGGGAAACACUGUUCUAUUGCAGUUUUGAGUGGAAUGCUGAUGACUGUCCUACACACCAUUGGUUCAACAUCUACGAGCAUAAUAGAGACAGUCCUCGUUGCAGUGAAUGUUAUUGGAAAGUUCAUCUAAAUGGUUCAUGUAUGCUAAACUAUGAUCAUAAUAUUAAUCUGUAUGAUCUUUGCUAUCCCUGGAAAGAUUCACGACGAUGA